CGAGCAGGCGGAGGAGGAAGAAGCAGCGUCCGCGCAGCGCGGCGCCGGGCUUGCUACGGGGCUGCGGAUUGGAGGCUGGCCGGAUUACUUUGUUUCGGGGCUCCGCGCUGGAAUUGCGAGCGAGCAGAAGCCGGAGGGGAAUCGGCUGGAAGGGAGCCGCCUCCUUGGGAAGGAGCCGGAGCAGGUGAGCGGCUGCAUCUCAAGGGUUAGAGAGAGGGAGAUCGAGAGAGAUCCAGCUAGAGAGGUGUCCAUGCGGCAGGGUCUCCACCUCAGAUGCUUCCCAUGAGCCACACCGCUCCAGCACCCUCCGUUGUCGUCAUCUAAGAACGCGGAAAGCCACGAAUCGAGGAUGGGGGAUUCCGCAGCCGAGACAGCGGUCCAAAUCCCCGAUGUCUGUUGCAAAGACACCCAGACGGAGCUCGCCGAGAGAGUCGCAGCGAUCCACGUUGCCGUCGGCCCCGACGCCACCGACCAAAACGGCCAAGGAACCAUCGCAGGGAAUGACGUUGGGUUCUCCAAGAUGGCUGCCAACAACCAAAGGAACGGGGUUGAUGUUGAUUCGGGAACAUCCGAAGAACUAGAUGGUGCUCACGAGUUGCUGGCCCCAAAGAGGGCUCCAGCAAGACCCAUCCUCUCUGGCCGGAAGUACUCCCUUCAGGAAAAGCCCGCAGGGAACUAUUUGGCUUCUUCAGAUGCUGCAGGCUUCGGUCCAUACGCCACGGGCCCUUCCACUCACAUCUCUCCACGGAUAGUGCGGCGGCCGACGAUAGAGUCCCACCGAGUCUCCAUUUCAGAUGCUGCGGAUUGUGUGCAGCUGAACCAAUAUAAGUUGAAAAGCGAAAUAGGCAAGGGCUCCUAUGGCGUCGUGAAGCUGGCCUACAACGAAAGUGACGACCAAUAUUAUGCCAUGAAAGUCCUCUCCAAAAAGAAGCUGUUGAAACAGUAUGGAUUUCCACGUCGGCCUCCGCCUCGAGGGUCGAAAGCUGCUGCCGGGGGACAGGCAAAGCCCAUGGCGCCCCUUGAGCGGAUCUAUCAGGAAAUAGCCAUCUUAAAGAAACUGGACCAUAUCAACGUUGUCAAGCUGAUUGAGGUACUAGAUGACCCCGCAGAAGACAACCUGUACAUGGUGUUUGACCUCCUGCGGAAGGGGCCUGUCAUGGAAGUGCCGUGUGACACCCCCUUCACUGAGGAACAGGCCCGACUCUACUUAAGGGACAUCGUCUUGGGCAUUGAAUACUUGCAUUACCAGAAGAUCAUCCACCGGGACAUCAAACCUUCCAACUUGCUCUUGGGGGAUGACGGGCACGUCAAAAUUGCCGACUUCGGAGUGAGCAAUCAGUUUGAGGGCAGCGAUGCCCAGCUCUCCAGCACUGCUGGGACUCCAGCCUUCAUGGCCCCUGAAGCCCUUUCCGAGUCUGGGAAGAGCUUCAGUGGGAAGGCACUAGAUGUCUGGGCCAUGGGGAUCACAUUAUUUUGCUUUGUGUAUGGAAAGUGUCCUUUCAUUGAUGAAUUUAUCCUUGCUCUUCACAACAAGAUCAAGAACAAGCCGGUGGAUUUCCCGGAAGAGCCUUGGAUCAGCGAGGAGUUAAAAGACCUGAUCCUGAAGAUGCUGGAAAAGAACCCUGAAACGAGGAUCACGGUCCCUGAAAUUAAGCUGCACCCUUGGGUGACGAAGUUCGGAGAGGAUCCUCUGCCUCUCGAGGAGGAGCAUUGCACAAUUGUGGAGGUCACCGAGGAGGAAGUGAAGAACUCAGUCAAGACAAUCCCGAGUUUGCCUGCUGUGAUUUUAGUGAAAGCCAUGCUGAGGAAACGAUCUUUCAGCAACCCAUUUGAGGCCCAGGCCAGGCGAGAAGAGAGAUCCAUGUCAGCUCCUGGAGACUUAUUAAUAAAGCAAGGGAGCCGAGAAGGGUUGAAGGACCCCGACCUGCCUGACGUAUCUGAAGACGAGGCCACAUCCUGAAGCCCCGAGCAUGUCGCACACCGAUCACUUAACUGCUGCUACCGUGACCAUCGUAUCCAGUGGUGUCGUCCUGCACGCCAUGCUGUUUUCAUCAACCAAAGUUUGUGACUUGCAAAAAGAGAGAGAAAGAGAGAGAGAUUCCUGCUUUGCAGGCGGUUGGACUCGAAGUCCCUUUGGGUCCCUUCCAACUCUAUAAUCCUAUGAUUCUAUCAUAUUGAAGGGAUAAAACGGUGGGAGUCCCAGCUGGUGGGACAAGAAAUGGCCCAUGGAAGAGCUGGCUCUCCGGCUGCCCACAUCUGUUUACGUCUUAAGACAUUUUGGUGUUGUAUACUGGACCAUGUGCCUCAUAUCUUCCAGUUGUGCUUCAUGAUGUGAUAUAUGUAGUCAGCGACGUACGGCGAUUCGACCGAUGAAUGUGCACCAAAUGUUCUUUGCUAGAGAAUGCUUGGUUCAGAACCACCCAUGUACAUCCCGGCUCCCGGCAUUUAUUUAUUUUUGUUUCGGAAUUUCUUAGUCAGGUUGCCUGCUCAAGCCCAACGUUGUCUGUUACGCAACCUGCUAUAAUGGAACAGGUGUGUUCUAAGCUGCCUCCAUUAAGCAGCCCUUUUACCUUUCAGAAUUUAAUUGGCCCAACCUUCUCCCAAUAUAAAGUAGACCUUGACACCAGGUGAAUCACAAAGCUUCAGACAAGUUUUCCCCCAAACCAAACUAUGCCUUUACUUGCAAGUUUCGAGUCGAGCAGUUUUUGAGAAAAUGCUUUAAAAAUAAACAAACUAGUUUUACGCUUUGAGUACAUACCCACAAAAGCAAAUAGAAACAGAGAUAAACCGCAUCCAGUUAGACCUAUUCUAGACUAUCCCUAGCCCAGCAAAUACUCAUCAGUACAGUGGUUUCUAGUCUUCUUGGUUCAACUUCUCAAGACAGGAUCCAUUGCAGGUUUUCAUCCAGGGCCUGUGCUUCAGGUUUCUGCUAUUUUUUUCAAUAGAGUUCUUAUUUCAGUUCUUUCUUAGUUCCCACCUCUGUGUGUUUCGGCUUUUUUCUCAUAAUUUCUUCAGCUCUGAUCUCUUUUUUAAGCCUAUUUUCUUUAUCAACUUUACUUAUGUACGAAACUUCCCCUCGCAACCUUUUAGGCAGUCAGAAAGGGAAUAGAGUCCUGGUUAAGUUUCUGUUUUUCCCUAAUUGCCAGGCUGAACCAUUGACCCUCUUGUGCAAUCUUCCUCUUCCUGUGAGCUUUUGACCGUCCUGUGCAAAAGAGCAUAUCUCAGUGACCCGUGUGCUUUAAACAGGUGCCUUUGGGUUUAAAGAAUGCAUCAGAAACACUCCCAUCCGUGCCCACAUCCAUCAUGCUUCAGCUGGUUCUGUAGGAAGCAGCUGGAAAAUUGGAAGAUGGCCACUUACCUUCAUCCAUAGCCCUUGGGUUUUGGUAGUAGAGCUUGUCAUCUCAUGGACUUUCAGAAGAGUCUGGAAUUGAUUCUGUAGAUUCCCUACCGUGGGAUUGGUUAGAAUCGGCCCCUUGUGCAAUCUACAAAGCCUGGGGUUGGCUAGCAUCAAGAAAUGUUGAUCAUGCAGAUCAGGGAGGGAGAGUAGUUAGUGGUCUGAAGAUUGCCAAUCAAUCUUAGAUGCCCAAGAAGGGGACACAAUCAGCACAAAGUAAAGCAUCCCUAGGAUGAAAAGACCAUUGCAAACUUUCUUGGAUUCCGUCUGAAGUUCAUGCAAGCAAAUCCAUAAUGAGGAAUGACGCUCUGUGCCUGUAUGAUGAUCAGAACAGUGGCUUGUCUAUAUCCUACAGCAGGCAUAGGCAAACUCGGCCAUCCAGAUGUUUUGGGACUACACCUCCCAUGAUCCUAGCUAACAGGACCAGAGGUCAGGGAUGAUGAGAAUUGUAGUCCCAAAACAUCUGGAGGGCCGAGUUUGCCUAUGCCUGUCCUACAGUGACCAGAAGCAGCUUGCUGUGUCCUGCUGUAGGAAGGAAGGAAGGAAGAGAUUAAAGGAGACAGGUUGCUUGCAAAAUAAUUUCAAUUCGACUUUGCUCAAGGAUAAUCUCCAAGUCACACCUGAUCCCUUCCUUCCUUCCUUCCUUCCUUCUGAAGCCACACAAGCCUGUAGCUGCUGAAUUUUUACAGCAGUUUUGAUUGCAGGAAUUGAGCCUACGAAAUCUUUAAAAGACUAUAAAAGUUUUUUUGGGGGGGGUUAAGGGUGGAAGGUGUAGGAAAUGGGUCAGCCAUUAAUAGCAUCCCUGGCUACCCUAUAACUUGAAUCCUUUUAUUCCGUGUUUUUUUGGGGGGGGAGUAAUGAUAGCAGGAGCAGUAAUCCGACUCACAAAAAGACUGCACAAAAAUCAACAAAAGGAAAACCAGUGGCUUUACUAACAGAAGAUUGGAAGUUCAUCUGUGCUAGUGAGAGAGGAUACAUUCAAUUCAAUUCAGUUCAAUUCAAUCUGCACUUGAAAGGAGAACCUACUUAAUCUACACUGUAUCAAUAUGUCUUAUAUAUAACUGGACCUUGGAGCUUUUUUAAAACAACAAAUGGUGUAUAAAUUUUCUAAGUAAAAUAUAUCUAACUAGGA